AUGGAAGCUCCACGCUCCACGACGAACGCCGAAGGGCGCCAGCCACAAAUAACUCAAAAGUAUGGCUACAGUACCGAAGUGCAUCACGUCCAGACGGAAGAUGGUUACAUCCUCGAGCUGCACCGCAUCCGGGCGUCUCCAACGUUCGGUCCGGCUGAUCCUUCGAACCCGCCCGUGCUGCUCAUGCACGGUCUUAUGGGCUCUUCAGCCGACUGGAUACUGAUUGGACCGGAAGAUUCCUUGCCAUACCUUCUGUCAGAUCGUGGGCACGAUGUUUGGCUGGGAAACUCCCGUGGAAAUCGGUACAGCCGUAACCACAGCCGGCUAUCGCCUGAGAGUCACGAGUUUUGGGACUUUUCCUUCCACGAGCUCGGUCUGUACGAUCUUCCGGCGAUGGUGGAUCACGUUCUCGAGCAAUCGGGCUCGGAGAGAUUGCACUACGUCGGGCAUUCGCAGGGAACGACGAUGUUUUUCGUACUCAAUGCGCUUCGGCCGGAGUAUGCGAAGAAAUUUCGGCUCAUGCAGGCACUCGCACCAGCCACUUUUGUCACCCAUCUAAAGCAUCCGUUUCUCCGGCUGCUAGUGCAACAUCAGGCAGUACUAGUGAGCAUCUUCCAAACUUUGGGCAUCGUGGAGAUUAAACCCUUCCCGGACGAUUGGAACCGCCUGGUUGAUAGCUUCUGUCCCGAUUUCUUCAGUCGAGCCUUCUGCCAAGAUACAAUGCACUCGUUAACCGGAAAUAAGUAUCCGCACCUAUCGGCCCUCGGGUUCCGGAUGGUGACGCACCACGUACCGGCCGGUUGCGCCGUCAAGCAGUGGGUCCACUUUGGCCAGCUCGUCCAAUCCGGCCACUUCCGGGCGUAUGACUACGGCCCCGAGCGCAAUCGGCUCGAGUACGCGGGUCAGAGCGCACCGCCCGACUACGACCUUGCGCGGGUCGUCGUGCCGGUCGCCAUCUACUACGGCCUUGCCGACGAGCUGACGCAGCCGGCCGACGUGCGGCUGCUGGCGGAAAAGCUACCGAACCUGGUGGCCCUCAACCUGCUACCGAACGCCACCUUCAACCAUAUGGACUUCAUGCUUGCCAGCGACGCCAAGGUCGCACUGUACGAUAGCAUUAUCGCCAACGUGGAACAGCCGUAG